ACGCGCGUGUCUUCCGGCUCUCAGUGCGCAGCGGCGGCAGCGCUGAUGGAUGCACUCAGUCACGGAGCUGCUCCACUGUCAGACUGAAAGCACGGAGGAGAGCCGUCCGCUGCACCGGAGGAACUCAAGCACUCACCGCUUUACCAACAUGAAGCUGAAGGAGGACCUGAACCCGAUGCUGCUGCUGCUCUUCCACCUCAUGGUGUCCAUCUACGCCAUCAUCACCUUCCUGCCCUCCUACCUCCUCAGCUGGGUCUUCCAACCAGACGUGGAUUUCUACGGCUCAGAGGAGGAACGAGCCAAGAGGGCGAAGGCUCGCUCGGUCGAGGGAUGUCCUGAGGGACCCUACCGAGCGGUGAGCGCCACAAAAAGGCUGGUUACAUCUUUGCACCCGGGAGUGGAUACCCUGGAUAAGGUGUUUGAGUACGCAGCCACGAGAUUCCCCCACAGAGACUGUCUCGGGACGAGGGAGGUGAUCAGCGAGGAAGAUGAGCAACAGAGCAACGGGAAGGUGUUCAAGAAGGUAGUUCUAGGCGAGUACCGCUGGCUCUCCUACCAGGAAACCCUUACAGCGGCGACCCAGCUGGGCAGUGGUCUGGCUUCGUUGGGGCAGCGACCGAAAACCAACAUCGCCAUCUUCUGUGAGACACGAGCAGAAUGGAUAAUAGCUGCUCAGGCCUGCUUCAUGUACAACUUCCCACUGGUCACCCUUUACUCCACACUGGGAGGUCCAGCCAUUGCUCAUGGCCUGAAUGAGACUCAGGUCACCCACAUCAUCACAAGCAAAGAGCUCCUGGAGACUAGACUCAAGGCCAUUCUGAUUGAAGUUCCGAGGCUGCAGCAUAUCAUUGUCGUGGAAAACGCGCCCACCACGUGGCCCGGCUAUCCACGAGGCAUCGGCAUCCAUAACAUGGCUGCUGUACAGAAGCUAGGAGCCAGACCUGAGAAUGCAGCACGUGAGUGUAAGCAGCCGCUGCCCUCAGACAUCGCCGUCAUCAUGUACACCAGCGGAUCCACAGGCAUCCCAAAGGGUGUCAUGAUCUCCCACAGCAACAUCCUCGCUGGCAUCACAGGAAUGGCUGAGAGGAUACCCAACCUGUGUGAAGAAGACACCUAUAUCGGCUACCUUCCUCUUGCCCAUGUGCUGGAGCUGAGUGCAGAGCUCGUAUGUGUUUCUCAUGGAUGUAGGAUCGGAUAUUCAUCACCUCAGACUCUAGCUGAUCAGUCAACCAAGAUCAAGAGAGGAAGCAAAGGAGACACGAGCGUCCUGCAGCCCACUCUGAUGGCGGCUGUCCCGGAGAUCAUGGACCGUAUCUAUAAGAAUGUGAUGAACAAGGUGGAGGAGAUGAACUGUGUCCAGAGAACACUCUUCAUUCUGGCCUACAACUACAAACUGGAGCAGCUUGCCAAAGGUUACAGCACACCGCUGUGUGACAGGCUGGUGUUUAGGAAAGUCCGCUCUCUGCUGGGAGGUCGAACAAGAGUCUUAUUAUCAGGUGGAGCACCGCUUUCUGCAGCCACGCAGCGCUUCAUGAACGUGUGUUUCUGUUGUCCGGUGGGUCAAGGAUACGGCCUGACGGAGACCUGCGGUGGAACCAUCAGUGAACUUUGGGAUUACAGCACUGGGAGAGUGGGAGGACCGCUGGUUUGCUGUGAGAUCAAGCUCAAAGACUGGGUGGAGGGUGGUUACCGCAGCACUGACAAGCCCCAUCCAAGAGGAGAGGUUCUCAUUGGUGGACCCAAACGUAACCAUGGAUACUACAAGAAGGAGGCGAAAAACCAAGAGGAUUCUUUGUAGAUGAAAACGGCCAGCGGGUGGUUCUGUACAGGAGACAUUGGAGAGUUUCAGGAGGACGGGUGCCUCAAGAUAAUGGUGAGGAUGGAGUGUGUAGAUCGUAAGAAAGACUUGGUGAAGCUGCAGGCGGGAGAGUACGUCUCCCUGGGAAAGGUGGAGGCCAUGUUGAAGAAUUGUCCUCUGAUUGACAACAUCUGCGCCUACGCAACAGGUGUUGAUGAGAUCUAUGUGAUUGGCUUUGUGGUGCCCAAUCAGAAGCAUCUGCUGGCUCUGGCUGAGCAGUACGGCAUCCGCGGGUCAUGGGAGGAGCUGUGCAACAGCAAAGCCAUGGAGGAGCUGGUUCUGAAGGUCAUCACUGAGGCUGCGCUGACAGCCCAGCUAGAGCGCUUUGAGAUCCCUCGCAAGAUCUGCCUGAGUCCAGAACCGUGGACCCCCGAGACUGGACUAGUGACUGAUGCGUUCAAGCUCAAACGCAAGGAGCUGAAAACACGUUACCAAGACGACAUAGAGAGGAUGUACGGUGGGAAGUAAAAACAAGGACCAGCACAGAACUGUUGAUUCUCAAAGCUCAGACCAAACCAACACUCUCAGUGCCCUCCCACCUCUCCCUCCUGUCCUCUCCACAUCAAUGAAAGACCCACGUCUGUGCUAAAUGUUAGUGUUACUAAGGCCUCAAACUUCAACCAGUUUCACCAUGAAGCAGAUUUUACCUGAAUUUAUGAGAAAAGACAUUCUAAAAGAGUGUUGGUCAGAAAACACGCCACCUUCCCGUCCUGCCUUUUUUCCCUUUCCUUCAUCCAGGUGUGUGAGCCCCUUGUGUGGAUCUUUAUUGUUCCAGAUGUGAGUUAUGAAACAGCUGAUGUAGCCUGUUGAGCUCUUGUCUGAGUGCCACAGCAGAAUCUCAGGUCAGUUUGUUGCUUUGUGCUCACACACAGGACACUAGACUCAACCGGUGUGUCUCUAAUCACUUCAUUAUGAUUCUCUUCUAAUCUUUAACUUCAAACUUUGUCCUUGUUCUCAUGUCACGUUUCCUGCCGGUCAGGAAAGGGUUAACUUCUUUGUUUCUCUUUUCUUUUUGUCUUUAACUUGUUUUGAAUUCUGUCCGUGGUUUAUUUUGUCUCCCACCCACAGUCAGACUGCGACUCCCACGCCUGUGGGGCGUCUCUCUCGUCGGCACGUCUUGACCCCAAAAGCACAAAGACAUCUGAGGGCAAAAGAGCAGGUUGGUAAAAAAUAAUAAGCUCUGAACGGGUUUAAUGAUUUGUAUCUUUCAGCCUAACAGUGAGGCUGUUGUAGGAAAAUGACAAGAUUGAAACCACUUACUUUAAAAGGAAAAAAGCAGCGAUGCACCGUUGUUUAGUCUGUUUCCAACACUGACUGAGUAUAUUUUUCAAUGUGUACGGACCACAGUGUGCACCAGAAUGCACAUCUUCUAGCUUGUAUUACAGAUAGAAUUACUGUGUAAUCAGAGCUGAUGAAUCAGUGCAAUAUGAAAAUGUAUCAUUUGGAAGCACGGCAGAAUAAGCACACUGUUACAAGCGUGACUUUAGUGUGUGGCUGACGUUCAUUCUGUUUAAUUUGCACGAGAAUGACGGAGUGUGUGGCUCAUCACGCGGCACAAACACGCCUCCACUGCCCCUCACCGUGUGACACCUGUUGCCUUUUUGUGUGACUAACGCCUUUGUAAUUCCUGACUGAUUUUUAAUGUGAUGUUCCUUCUUAAUCGUGGAGCUGUGAUCAGCAGAGAAAGUAAACAUAUAGUCUCUGUUUUACUGUCAGCGGUGUUAUCGUAGACCAGUCUUGGAGCUCCACUCCCUCUCUGUUUGAGAGCCUGCCUUGUAACAUAAGUGCAUCCGACUAUUUAUUUGUAAUUUGCCUUUUAAAAAAUACUCAAAUGAAGUAAAUAAAGAUUGUGUUUGGUCUA